AGGGGGUGAGUCAGUAAUGUGCGUUCUGCUUCAGCCCUCACAGCAAAUUUCCAGAUAUGAUUGUGAUUCUGUUAGUCAGUGUCAUACAAUACACACACACACCUGAUUGCUUGUCCCAAGCUGCAGUAAAGCACUUUUUGCUGCUCUGUAUUAGUCCGAAAUGUCCAAUGCCACAGCUCUAAUGAGCACAUAUUCACACACACAGUAUAGGCUAUAGAAAGCGAUGAUCCUGUUAUAACCAAAAGGCUUCCUGUGGUAGACAGAACAAAAGGCUGUUUGAACCGGUAGACAACAACACUUCACAUGAAUACAUCAAUAUCCAUUACCCAAACAAAAGUUUCUUCUGACAGCAUUACCAUGCUUGGUCAUGGUCUAUUCAUACAAUCAGUGGAUAAACUUACUGGCAAAUGAUUAAAUAAUUGGUUGGCAGUGGUACAUGCACAAAAACACUUUAAAUGGAAAGAGGAAGCAGUAGCAGUCUUUGGCCACAAGGUGGAUUACUUGUAUGUUAUAUGGAGCCCGUCGUUGAACAUCUAUUGUAAUAUCCUGUUUUGAUCAAUCGUAAUCAUUCAUAUCAUAAUGAUAAAUCCAUGCAUACAUGUAUAACGCAUAUUCACCACUUCAACAGUUUCAUUUCACCUCCAUUCUUAAAAUGUCUUCAGUCUAGUCUUCCUAUACUAUUACAAAGUAUUUCCAUCACUUCGUUUUGGCAAAAAUGAGUCCCUGUUCCUUUAAGACGGUCUCCAAAGUUUAGCGUAUGACGUCAACCUUGGCAUAUCCAUACCGCGAGCCGAUCCAGUGGCGGAGAAGGGAAUCUGAACGGCGGGAGAGACAGGUGAAUUUAAACUGGACGUGAGCGCUUCAGUGUCAGGAGGAAGAUACAUAAGUUACAGAGAAUCAUUGAAGAUGAACACAGAGGAAAAACAAGAGCUCAAGUCAUCACAAUAUGAAACGAUGGACGUUAGCAGCGCUGUGACAGAUGAGAGGCCACAGACAGAGGAGGCGGAGGGAGGAGAAGAGGCAGGGGAGAGGCAGGGAGAGGAAGAGGAGGCCCCAGAGAAGACCUCAGAGAGUGGAAUGGAGUGCUCAGAACCCACAGGAAACGAGGGAAUGACAGAUGGGGUUCCCGUGAAAACUGAGAGGGAAGAGUAUGACGACAAUGACGAUCAGUACCCCAAGAGUGAAGAAGAAGUUGAACGAGACAAUUACCUUUAUGAAGAAGAGGAAGAAGAGGAGAAGGAAAGGGAUGAGGAAGACGAAGGAGAAGAAGAGGGGGAAGGGGAGGAAGAGGGAGAAACCCUUAACGAACCACAGGACCUGUCUCUGGCAGAUUAUGUAAAGUAUGAGAGCACAGGCCCGCAGGACGCCCACACCAACUCCUCGUUGUACGCAGCAGUACCCCGCAGCCAGGCAGCAGGCAAGCUCAACUGUGACAUCUGUGGCCUGUCCUGCGUCAGCAUCAAUGUGCUGCUCGUGCACAAGCGAAGUCACACCGGUGAACGUCCAUUCCACUGCAGCCAGUGUGGUGCCUCCUUCACCCAGAAGGGAAACCUGCUUCGCCACAUCAAACUGCACUCCGGGGAGAAGCCCUUCAAGUGCCCUAUGUGCAGCUACGCCUGCCGCAGACGAGACGCCCUCAGCGGACACCUGCGCACUCACUCAAUAGAGAAGCCCUACAAGUGCAACCACUGCGGUCGCAGUUACAAGCAGCGCAGCUCCCUUGAAGAGCACCGAGAGAGGUGCCAUGUGUACAUCCAGAACAAAGGCAACGCUGAGAGAGCCGGUGAGGAUACCCACGUGUCCAGGACUACUCACAUGGGUACGGAGCGCGCUCUGCUACUGGACAGGUUGGCGAGCAAUGUAGCCAAACGCAAGAGCUCUAUGCCACAGAAGUUCACUGGGGACAACGGCGUGUGUCUGGACCUGAGCUUCAACAGGGAGCUGAUCCACCGCUCUGACGUCAUGGACCCUCCCCUCACCUCCCCAGGAUCCGAGAACCACCACAUCCACCAGCCCCUCUACACAGGCCAGGACCCUGACUCUGCCUCCCCCCACAGGGCCUACCCCAUCCCCCUGAGCCGGGCUGACAUGAGCCCCCUGGCCCUCACCAAUGGUCACAAGCUGGAGCAGCAGCAGAGCACCGGUGUCGCCUACCUGCCCCGGCCCAGCCAGGGCCACCCUAGUAUGGACUCACUCCACGCAGAUCGGGCUCAGCUCUCCCAGCCUCUCAUCUACAACCUGGGGCACCUGCUGGGGCCCAGUCCCCACAAUAGCCUCUCACACCCCCAUACCCAGGCCCACGCGCUCCCCAUGCCCCCCCUAGAGGCUCUGAGGGUGGUAAGAAGCGAGGGGGAGGUAGGGGUUGGGGUAGGUACAGGAGCAGGGGCGGUGUACCCCUGCGGUCACUGCAGGGUGUGGUUUCUGGACUACGUCAUGUUCACCAUCCACAUGGGCUGCCAUGGCUUCCGUGACCCACUGGAGUGCAAUGUAUGUGGCCAUCGCAGCCGGGACCGCUACGAGUUCUCCUCACACAUUGCGCGCGGCGAGCACCGCCUGGAGUUGAAGUAGUGUAGAUACACGUGCACGUGCACGUGAACACACACACACACAUGCACCCAUUCAUGUAGUCAGCCUCCUAAAUGGAAUAAUGCAUACACAUUUAUACCCUUACACACAUGAAUUGUCUAUAUACAUUACAUACACACAAAAAGUAUCUCAGGGACUUUCCUUUUUGUUUUUAAUUAGCACCAGUAUUACCACACACACACACACACACACACACACACACACACACACACACACACACACAGAAAUGUAGCAUUUCAGUAAAGUAGCAUUUAAAAUGUUUUAUAGAGUUUAUUUUUCCAUCUAAAAUGAUGAAAAUGUAUGUUUUAUGUGGGACUACAUUUUAUUCUGCUUCACUAAGCCACGGAAUAACUUAAAAAUAUAUAUAGUUUAUUUUAUUUUUGAUGACUAUUCAACAAAAGUGUCAAGUGUCAAUCGAAGUGGUAAUAGGCAGUCAAUAUUUGGCAUUACCUUUGCCAUGCCUGCUGCUUUUAGGAUGUAAUAAACUACAGUAUGUCCAAAUGUCCUCUGUAUGUACAGCAGUAGUAGUAGGACACAAUACUGAGUACAUUUGACGUUCACUGUAAGCUGACUGACAGACUCUGCUGUACAUUUGUUUUCCUGUUAACUGUGCUGAGGUUCGAAAAUAAAACAAGACCAUUAAAGCUAA